AUGGAUGUUGAGGUUGUUGAUGACCAGUUAUGUGAUAUCAUUGUGUGUGAUAUAUGUGGAGAUGUAGGCUAUGAGCACUUACUUGCUAUAUGUAGUAGAUGUAUGGAUGGCGCCGAACACACAUAUUGUAUGCAGAGCAUUAAAGAUGAAGUACCUAAAAAUAAUUGGUUAUGUGAAGAUUGCAAAUUUGGUGAUGUUUACGAUAUUACAAGGUUGACUGACGAAGAUGUGGAUACAGAAGAUACAGCUGACUCGAUAAAACCAUUGAAAACGGCCCGAGUCACAAUUCAGAGACGAAACAGAUUCUCUAAGCUUAGUCAUCUACCGGAUGACAAAGAUUACCGAUAUGGGUUGGAGUUACAUGUAGAUGUGAACCAUCCAAUACAUGGUGAAGAUGAUGCGCCACAUCUCACUGAAGAUGAUGUAGGUGUGAUCCAGCCAAAUCCGGCUAAUAAUGAUGAAUCAGAGCCGGGUGAAGACUGA